AUGAGCGCCAUCCACAAGGAGAUUUCAAUACGGGGAGGAACCAUACCACACCAAAUACCUUUAAUAGCAUCAAUCUGGAAAGGAGAUGAUGAUGAUGAUGAUGAGAAGAGAAAGAGGAAGAAGAAAGAUAAGAAUAAGAAGAAAGAUAAGAAUAAGAAGAAAGAGAAAGGAAAGAUUGGAGCUGUUACUAAUUCUUGGGGAAAGUAUGGGAUUGUCAGAGAAGUUGAUAUGUGGAAUAAACGACCAGAGUUCACAGCAUGGCUAGCUGAAGUCAAGGAGGUGAACCUUGAAAGCUUAUCUAACUGGGAGGAGAAGAAGAUGUUCAAGGAAUACAUGGAGGACUACAAUACAGCUACCUUUCCUUCCAAAAAGUACUAUGAUCUUGAUGCUUAUCACAGACAUCAAUUGGAGAAAGAGAUGAAAAAGGGUUUCAAAAAGGUUGGAGAAACAGAGCGCACUGUAUUCAAUGAUGAAGAACAGCGUCGACAAGAAAUGAUGCAAGUACGGGAGAAACAAAAGGAACAAGAAGUGGAAGCAUUGAAGGAUGCCAUGAAGAGUGGCAUGGCACAAGCAAUGAUAGAACAAGCACGGCUCAAAGAAGAAAUGACUUAUUUAUUUAAAAUUGGAAACCAUGAGGCGGCAGCUGCGAUACAAAAAAAAUUGGACCCUGAUGUUCUCAUGUGAAAAGGAUUCAGUAAGCAGCAAAAUCUUGUAGCAGCAGCUUAACUGGCAGAUGUGAUGAAGAUUUUAGCAUAAAUAAUUGGAGAGAUCUAGAUAGGUUGAAGCUGCCGGAAGGGGAAGACAUGUUUGCACCAUUUCUGUGUGAGGGUGCGUGGCUGUAUUUGGGCAGUAUCUGUACUUUUAUCAUUUUGGGCACUUUUUUAUUCAAAGUAAGACGCAGCUUUUUGCUACUGCUGAGUUAAAUGUCUGAACUUGUGACUUGUGAGGCAAGUAUAUUUUAGUUGAAAUCCUAUGUUAUUUUAGUUCCAUAAUAUAUUUUUCUGACCUUUUCCUUCAAA